AUGGCCAUGGCGAAAGGUUUCAAGCUCUUUCACACCCUUUUCUUAGUCAUUGCUUUGCAAUGUUGUGUGAAGGUGGGUGCCACUUUUGACGAUGUCACUGGUGAAGAAAGACUCGGUCGUCGAUUUUCAUUUCGUACUUUUGGAACACAUGAUACACAAGCCCCAUCGGCUGCAUCGGUUAGAAGCAUUGCUAAAACUCCGAAGGGGGCAUCGUCAGUCGGAAGCAUCGCUGAAGCCCCGGAGGGGGCUGCAUCGUCGGUUGGAAGCAUCGCUGAAGCCCCGGAGGGGGCUGCGUCGUCGGUCGAAAGCAUCGCUGAAGCCCCGGAGGGAGCUGCGUCGUCGGUCGAAAGCAUCGCUGAAGCCCCGGAGGGAGCUGCAUCGUCGGUCGGAAGCAUCGCUGAAGCCCCGGAGGGAGCUGCGUCGUCGGUCGGAAGCAUCGCUGAAGCCCCGGAGGGAGCUGCGUCGUCGGUCGGAAGCGUCGCUGAAGCCCCGGAGGGAGCUACGUCGUCGGUCGGAAGCGUCGCUGAAGCCCCGGAGGGAGCUGCAUGGUCGGUUGGAAGCGUCACUGAAGCUCCAGAGGGAGCUGCAUGGUCGGUCGGAAGUGUCGCUGAAGCCCCAGAGGGAGCUGCGUCGGUCGAAAGCGUCACUAAAACUCCAACCAUUGCACCAAUUGGGAGUAGCACAUAA